AUGCCCGUCAUCUGCAAGAUGUUACCAUUAUGGAUAUAUGCCGUCUUGGCCUACUCUACGUCCAGAGAAUUGGAUACAAAAGCCUUUACGUCCAUGAUCUGGGACCAUAUCAUGAAAAUAUUAGGCAAAAUAGAUCAGCACGCAGCACUAGAAUUAUCGCCUGGUAAUUCCGAAGUUUUUGUCAAUCGAUUUUUUGAGGUGCUGGGCACCAAUACCAUAUCCAGUGGUGUUCGUACACUUGUUGAAGAUACUAUACCGCCUUCGUUAGCCUACCAAGUUGCAGCACUUUUGAAAAGUCAGGAUGAAGAAGUGCAGGAACGCGUGAUUCGCGUAUGCUGUGAAGUUCUACAUCAAAUAGGUUCAAUCCUGUUAAAGAUUGCAGAGGAAGAAGCACCUCGCACUGGGCUCAACCGCACGUCAUUCGUUAUAAUUACUCAAGCUAUUGUCUCAGGUAUGGUGAAAGGCUCUUUCAAUCGCGACUUCUUAUUACAAGUGGUUCCCGCCUGUAUGUCAGCUAUUGCAAAACUGCCCUACAGAAUGUUUAUCUACUCUCGUAUAAAGGAUCUCUUCUUCAAGUUUGGAACCGAACAAACUUUUUCACGUCGAAUCUUGGAUGAGCUGACAAGUGCGGAAUGUUCGGCAUAUUAUGCUCAGUUGAGCAAGGAUUCCGACGAACGCAUCAAGAAGAUUUUGAGGAGCCAGUCAGAGUGCUGA